CACAUUGAAUGGUUCACGCCAUUCAGGGAGGCAGACCAGACAACUGGUCUGUGUCAAGUCUCACAUUCAACUCAUCACUUGCAUUGGAAUGGGGCUGUAAUACAUGUUGACAAAAUUAUUCAUCCAUGUCACCUAAUACCAAAGAUGGGUCAAUCAGUCAAUCCUACGUGGACGAGCAUGAACAUGUAUGAG